UUUGCCUGUACAUCAGCAGGAAAAUUUUCCACUUGCGUGCGUUUUUGAGAAACUUGAUUUUUCACAGGAUUAAGUGAAAUUUUUUUGUUUGUUUGUAUAUCAUUCAUUUGCUAAAAAGGUUUACUACGUUAGCUGAUAAAGCAUUACAUAUUUACUGUCAUAAUUGCGUUUGAAAUAUACAAUGUUUUUAUAACUUUGUACGCUAGCAUAACAGAAAAAUGAGCAAAAAUUUCGGUAAAAAUAAAUUAAAUCUUAAGCUACCGCCCAGUGCAAUUGAAGUCAGUAACAGUGAACCUCCAGGAACGGUAGAAGCAAAUAAUGAAUCAGUUCUAGACACAAGUUUUGAAGCUUUGCAAAAAAGUUUAGAAGGGUUAGAGCUAGAUGAUCAACAAAGAAAAAGGUUAGAAGCCUUUCUAACUCAAAAGCAAAAAGUUGGUGAACUAAUCAAUGAAGAUUUGGAAAAUUUAGGUGAAUUAGGAGCUGGUAAUGGAGGAGUCGUAACCAAAAAUUUACAUAAACCAAGUGGACUCAUAAUGGCUCGUAAACUCAUCCACUUGGAAGUUAAACCAGCUAUCAGAAACCAAAUAAUCAGAGAACUGAAAGUUUUACAUGAAUGUAACUCACCCCAUAUUGUUGGAUUCUAUGGUGCUUUUUAUAGUGAUGGUGAAAUCAAUAUUUGUAUGGAAUAUAUGGAUGGUGGAUCUUUAGAUUUAGUGCUGAAAAAAGCUGGCCGUAUUCCUGAGCCAAUUUUAGGAAAAGUAACAAUUGCUGUUUUGAAAGGACUGAAUUAUUUGAGGGAGAAACAUCAAAUAAUGCAUAGAGAUGUGAAACCUUCUAACAUCUUAGUGAACUCUAGAGGAGAAAUUAAAAUUUGUGACUUUGGAGUUAGUGGUCAACUGAUUGAUUCAAUGGCAAACUCAUUUGUUGGCACUAGGUCUUACAUGUCGCCUGAAAGGUUGCAAGGAACACAUUACACUGUACAAUCUGAUAUUUGGAGUCUUGGUCUUUCUUUGGUUGAAAUGGCAAUCGGGCGUUAUCCUAUUCCCCCACCUGAACCUAAGGAGCUUGCAGCUGUAUUUGGUCCAAAAUAUUCUGCUAGUGCUGAUCAGAGUGAAUCUCCUUCUCCUAGUUCUAAAAAUAGGCCAAGUAGCUUUUAUUUGCCAUAUGGAGAUGGACCAAGAAUUAUGUCAAUUUUUGAACUUCUAGACUACAUUGUAAAUGAGCCACCACCCUCUGUACCUGCCAGUGUAUUUUCUCCGGAGUUUAAAGACCUAGUAGAUAGAUGUUUAAAGAAAAAUCCUGCUGAAAGGGCUGAUCUCAAAUUUUUAACUACUCAUGCAUUUGUGAAAAGAUCUGAAACUGAAAAAGUUGAUUUUGCUGGUUGGGUUUGUCAAACAAUGGGACUGGAUUCAUCUUCUCCUACAAAAGCAUCCCCUGAUGGUUAAAAAGUUUAUGUGAAGCUGUAAUCAACUUUUUUUUUUCACAUGUCAUAGAAGAAGCAUAUAUUGUGGCUUCUUUGUUUUAUCCUGUUGCGCCAAUCAUAGUAUCCAUUUAAUAUUUUUCUCUUUUUUGUGAUUUUACCUUAUGCUAAUUAUUAAUGAACAGCUUUUAUUUUUAUAUGUAUGACUGCUGAAGUUCCAAUUCUAUGUAUUUAGUUCUGAAGUACCUUAUACAUUUGAUUGAUCUUCUUAUGUAGACAAUUAAUAAAUUUUCAAUUAGAGAAAAUGAAAUUUAUCACCUCAGAAUUUUUCAUAUGUACUGAAAAUUUAAUUUGUCUUGUAAUUAAAAAUGCAGCAAUCUACUUAAAAAAUAUAUAUAUAUAUAUAUCCAAAAAGGAGAUCUUUUAAUAUGUUACCAAAAAUGCAUUUAUCUUAUUUUUUUUAAACCAUUUUUGUUGUUAAUUGUUGGUUUAAUUUUAUCCCAUUUAAUCUAUUAGUCUUUUAUAUGUGUGAUCCAUUUUUUGAAGUCUUGUUCUAGAUUUAUCCAUUUUUUUUAAAAAAAUUUUAUUUCCACACAUUAAUUAUGACUAUGCAAUAUGAUUAGGUUGUGUAAAAGGUGCACAAUAAUAUGGAUUACUUUUAAGUAUGUGCUUAAAUUCUGGUCCUUAAUUUAAUUUAAUUCAUUUUUCUGUCGCAAAUAUGUUUAUUAUAUUUUUGAUUUAUGAUAUGAUAGCUUUUUGAUUUAUAAUAUGAUAGCUGGCAAAUCAGUACUGACUGAUCCCUGUUAGCCUUAUUCAUUUUGUGUUUUUGUUGACUAAAAUGUUAUUUUUCUAAAUCAUGUUAGGAAUUAUAAUUUUUGAAUUUGCUACGCCAAUCUUAAAAUUAUUCAAGUUUUUCUAAAGUGUGUGAAAUUAGCAAAUUGAAUAUUUUAUACAUAGACAAAAUUUGGCCUGAUUUAGUACUUUUUUUUAAAAAACUUAUUUAACAUUAAUCUAUAAAUUUUCAUAUUUACAUGCAUGUGCAUAUUUAUAUGUAAAUUUCAAAAAGCUUAGAGUUUGUCUCUAACUGUAAAACACUGUUUAGCAUCUUUCAAAAUAUUGACUGGAAAAAAAUAUGUUGUUGAUGAAAUAAAUUGGUGCUUUUUUUUCUGUUAUGGAAAUUGUUCAAAUUUCGAAUUUGCAAUCAAUAGAAAGGGGUAAAAAAAAAUGUUGCUUGUACUACAUC